CGGUCCGAGAAUUCACAGCUCUUUCUGCACUCCCCGAAUUGCGCCACCGGGACACCUUCUCCGAAUCUCCGCUACACAACACUGAGCUAUUCUAUCCUGUUAAACUACUCACAUGGCGCCUCCAAACCCUAGACUGCCGCGAUAACCGAGAUGACGUCGGCGUGCGUCAACAGCACUGGUAUGUCGCCGGAGAAUUUCCUAGACUGUCCGCCGUCCAAGUACCGAACCUCAUUUAGUAGGGAGGUUAUGGAUGAUAUGCAGUCCUCGAAGGCUUCCGGAGCUAAGCAUUCAUCUUCGCCACCACGCGCGGCGGACAAGUGCGGUGAUGAUAAGCAGGAAGAUUCAGAUCCGGAAGUUCUCGGCGAUGAUGCGGCGGAUUUUGAGUUCCGACUUGACCGUCCUGAGAUUAUGCUUCCCGCGGAUGAGCUCUUCUCCGAUGGAAAGCUGUUACCGCUUCAAGUACCGACGAUCCGGCUGCCGGCCACGGAGACUGGUGAGGCGGCGGGUAUGGAGGUUAAGUUGCCGGAUACUCCGAUGAUAGAAACGAGAAAUGAGAUUUCCACAAAGGCGCCGAGGAGUUCAAGCAGGUGGAAGGAGCUUCUAGGGUUGAAGAAGCUGUACCAAAACCGCAAUGUGAAGGACGAUAGUAUCAAAACGACGUCGCCGCCGCCGUUGUCGUCUCCCUCACAGAGUAAUUGCAGCCAUAAAUCUAUGAAAAAUCUGCUUCAGCGCUGUUCAAAAUCACUGAACUCAUCAAUUGACGAAUCGCUUAGCUUUCCAUUGCUGAAGGAUUCCGACAACGAGUCCGCGUCGAACUCCUCCUCUCGCCUCUCGCUCUCAUCUUCCUCUUCUGGACACGAAAACGACGACCUCCCUCGCAUCUCCCUGGAUUCAGAGAAGGCCAUAAAUCUCUGUCGCAACCCUCCCAGGGUCCGAUUGGUGAAAGCAAGGGCACUGUCUUCCGAAAAUCCCGCGGGGAGAGUGUGCCGCAGAGCAGCAGACGCCGCCACAAUCGGCGGAGUCUCAGCGGACAGUCCGCGGAUGAACUCUUCAGGGAAGAUAGUGUUCCACAGCUUGGAGAGAAGCUCAAGCAGUCCAAGCAGUUUGAAUGGUGAGCCCAGAUACAAGCACAGGGGAAUGGAACGGUCCUAUUCAGCAAAUGUUCGGGUCACCCGAGUUCUCAACGUCCCGGUCUGUUCACUGAGAAGCUCUUCUAAGCCCGGGGUUUUCGGAUUCCCUCUAUUCUCUUCUUCUUCGCAACAAAAGAAAGAAGCUGUCGGCAGCUCUAAUGGCGGAAAUGGAGUUGGGUAUAAGAACCAUCAUGGUAGCAGUAGGCAUCGCAUCAAAAAGUGAGAAUUCCCAACUUUUCCAAAAAUCAAAUGUAAAUAAAUAAAACAACUCUCCUAUCUUGAAGAGUAUUUUACUGACUGGAAUUUUACUGGAAUGAUAACGUGAUAUCAUCAGGUAGUUGGUAUAUAUAUUCUUCUUUUAAUUUGACUAUUA